AUGGCGACAAUCAACAUCACAGAUGCCAAGCUCUCAUUCACCUAUGAGCAGGUCUACAAGGUGGACUUUGAUGCUACCACUUUGACAAAAAUUGUGGUCGCAGUCCUGAUGUCUCUGUUUUUUGUCUAUAUAAACUGCACCAUGCUUUUUGCUUUAGGGAGUAAAGCCCUGUUUCAUGAAUCACCACGAUACAUUCUGUUUGCACACAUGCUUCUCAAUGAUUCAAUCCUCCUCCUGGUCACAACUGUAAUGUAUGCCAUGUCUCUUGCACUUGCCAAUGUAGCCAGAGCUCUAUGCUCUCUUUUAGUCUUCAUCUCCACUUGUACUUUCCAGAAUGCGCCUUUGACCCUAGCCCUGAUGUCACUGGAGCGCUACGUUGCUAUUUGCUUUCCUCUGAGGCAUUGUACUAUUGCCACACGGAAAAGCACAGGCAUUGCACUUGGAAUUGUUUGGUUCAUCAGUUCACUUGAAAUUAUGACAGAUGUCAUGUUUGACUUAAUUACUGAUCCAAGUCAGUUACUUAAGACCACAUUUUGCACAAGAGAGAAACUUUUUGUGGCCAAGUGGCAGGCUGAUAAGUCUCAAGGGUUUACUAUUCUCUAUUUUGUGUCAGUCACUGUGAUCAUCCUUUUUACUUAUGUCAGCAUUAUGAUAACAGCCAGGUCUAUUUCCUCUAAUAAAGAAUCUGCUACAAAAGCUCACAAGACUGUGCUGCUGCAUCUCAUUCAGUUGGGCCUGUGCCUCACUUCUUUUCUAUAUGCCACAAUAGAAAAAACACUUUAUAUGAUGACUGGAAGCAACAGCUCCCUUUUCAUUCACUUGCGCUAUCUGAACUUUCUCAUCGUUUUGAUUUUGCCCCGCUGCCUGAGCCCACUCAUCUAUGGUCUCAGAGAUGAUGCGGUGCGACCUUUAUUUAAAUAUUAUUUUUGUUAUAGAACUUACAAAAUAAAGCCUGUAGUCAAUGUUAUUUAA